UAUGCACAACAGAGUGGCUGCUCUGCUCUUUCUGGCUAUGACAUUGGCCGUGCGGUGGAUGGAAACGGACACAACCUCCUCUCUGCACGUGAGACCUCUGGACACCCAGCUGAAGCUUCGCUGAUACCUGAGGUGACCACAGUUCUGGCUGAAAACCAAGAUGAAAAUCCACUAGAAGACCCAAAUCUUCAUUUGAAUGUGGAAGAAUUAAAUACAAAGUUUAUGGUGAAAAGUGAAGAACUCUACGACUCUCUCAGGAAUUGCCACUGGCAGCCUUUGGAUACAGUUUACUCGAAAAUCCCAGAUGAAACCGCACGGAAGCAAGAUGCUCACUAAGUGCCCCAAGUAUAAUGUUAAUUGUAUCCUGCUUUGUUUCUGUUUUUGAAAAAAAAAUUCUCCUAGGGAUUUGCUGGAUUCUGUAUGUAAACACAAAUUUCCAGGACUUAAAUGUAAUUGACAUGGUAGAAUGUAAUGUAAAUAAACUUCACGUAAUGUAAAUAAACUUCACAACCCUUUCUGAGGUUGUGUUACAUUAAGUAAGUGCCAGAAGAGGUCACAUUACUGUCAGAGUAGAAGAAGCUGCAACAUUUAAAAAUAGGUUUAUUAUGACAUGGGCUGACCUGAACUGACUGUGGGGUUAGCUACUCUAAUAUGAUUGCUGCUUUCCUCUGAUGUUAAACUCUGAUGGAGAGCAAUCCUAGCCACAGAUAAUGCGAAGUUUCUCGCCUGCAUCUGGGAUAGAAAAAUAUACACUAAAACUAGAUGUUUGAUCUCCAUUUUCUGACCUUCAGGCUUGCUCUUUGUGAGAGAGCUAGAUACAGAUAAUAGUGGACACUCAUUUGUCUCAAUUGAACAGGAAGAUUCCCGAGCAUGGAAAAAGUUUGCUAGAUCAAAACAUCCUGUCAACCUUCUUCGAGAGGAUUUGGGCCACUUUAAAGGCCAGCUCUGAAACUUUAAUGUGUAUGUUGAGUGUGGCCCUUGUAAAAUGUCUUUCUUUGUGUUUCAGAGAUAAACCCUGUGUCCUGCUUAUUGCUUUGCCAUGGAUGGACACUUAAAUGAGAUCCUGGGACUGGUCUGUGACCUGCUUUAGCCAAUAGACCAUCAGCAUAUGUGAUGUAAUCAGGGGCUCAAUAAGCGCUUUCACGUUGGGGUUCUGUUGUUUGGGAACACUCCCACCAUCAUGGGAGCGAGCCCAUUCAAGCCUGGAAGAUAUGAGAGGCCGUGAGGGGGAGAGUGAGAGGCCCUGGCAGAAAGCCAAUGCCGUCUGACAGACACGUGAGCCACUGCCUUGGGCCUGUCUGAUGUCUGUAACUCCAGGACUGAUCCCAGCUGAGACCAGCAGAGUUGCUGUGGCAGGAAGCCCAUAAUGUUGAUCCUGUAACAGUUUCGAAAAGGGAGGUUUGACAAUGAAAUGGAAAGGGCACAGACACAAAUCAGGGCAAAAUUUUGAAUGUAGUGAAGCAAUAUUUGUUAUUAGGGAAAUGACCAAAAUCCAUGUUUUCUUGCAUGUUUGUUAUAAAGAAAUAACCAAUUUAUUGCAUUUACAUCAAUCUUGUAUAUAAAUAAAAGGAAAAUGGAAUUUAAAAAUACAGAGUCUAAAUGAACGUAGAACAACAGUCAGCCAGAUAAUAAAUGUUUUUGACUUUGUA